GGCUGGCCUGGCCCCAUGGCCCAGACCCCCGACGGCAUAUCUUGUGAGCUGCGAGGCGAGAUCACCAGAUUCCUGUGGCCCAAGGAGGCUGAGCUGCUCCUGAAAACCUGGCUACCGCAGGAGAGCGGGGAACGAAGUCAUAUCCUGGCACUGCUGCGAUGGAGGGCCUACCUGCUCCACACCUGCCUCCCACUGAGGGUGGACUGUACAUUCAGCUACCUGGAAGUCCAGGCCAUGGCACUUCAAGAGACACCUCCUCAGGCCACCUUUGAGCUGGAAUCAUUGCCUGAGCUGGUCCUGGAAUUUCCUGGUGUAGCUGCCCUGGAACAGAUGGCCAAGCAUGUGGCUGCAGCCAUCAAGAAGGUCUUCCCUCGCUCUACCCUUGGGAAGCUAUUCCGGAAGCCCACACCCCCCUCCAUACUGGCUCGACUGGAGAGAAGCAGCUCUGCCGAGUCCACUGCACCUGGCAGUCCCUGUGGUGGCUUCCUGGAGACCUACGAGGCUCUGUGUGACUACAAUGGCUUUCCUUUCCAAGAGGAGAUUCAGUGGGAUGUGGACACCAUCUAUCAUCGUCAGGGUUGCCGCCAUUUCAACCUAGGAGACUUCAGCCACCUUGGCAGCCGGGACUUGGCCUUGAGUGUAGCUGCCCUGUCUUACAACCUAUGGUUCCGGUGCCUCUCCUGUGUGGACAUGAAGCUGAGCCUCGAGGUCUCAGAACAGAUUCUGCACAUGAUGAGUCAGUCGUCCCACUUGGAAGAGCUGGUGCUGGAGACCUGUGGCCUAAGAGGAGACUUUGUCCGGCGACUAGCCCAGGCACUGGCAGGACAUUCAAGCUCUGGACUUCGGGAAAUCAGCUUGGCAGGGAACCUGCUGGAUGACAGAGGCAUGGCUGCACUCAGCAGACACCUGGAGCAUCGUCCGGGAGCCCUGAAGAAACUCAGCCUAGCACAGACAGGACUGACACAGCGAGGAAUGAGGGCUCUGGGCAGGGCACUGGCCAUCAAUGCCGACUUUGAUUCUGCCUUGACCCACUUGGACCUUUCUGGAAAUCCUGGGGCCCUGGGCGCCUCUGAAGACAAUGGGGGCCUCUAUAGUUUCCUGCGUCGUCCUAAUGUUCUGACGUUCCUGAAUCUUGCAGGCACUGACGCUGCCCUGGACACUCUCUUUGCAGCGCUGUCCCGAGGCUGCUGCUCCAACCUCAACUACCUCGAUGCUUCAAGGAAUGUCUUCUCCCGCACGAAGUCCCGGGCCGCGCCUGCCGCACUGCAGCUCUUCCUUAGCCGUGCCGGGACACUGCGGCACCUGGGCCUGGCGGGCUGCAAGCUGCCACCUGAUGCUCUCAGGGCCCUUUUAGAUGGCCUGGCACUCAAUACGCACAUUCAUGACCUGCAUCUGGACCUCAGCGCUUGUGAGCUGCGCUCGGCUGGUGCCCAGGUGAUACAAGACUUAGUGUGUGAUGCCAGUGCUGUGAGCUCCUUGGAUCUGGCAGAUAAUGGUUUCGGCUCAGACAUGGUGACCCUGGUGCUGGCCAUUGGGAGGAGCCGAUCCUUAAGACAUGUGGCGCUUGGAAGGAACUUCAAUGUCCGGUGCAAGGAGACCCUGGAUGACGUCCUGCACCGGAUUGUCCAGCUUAUGCAGGAUGACGACUGUCCUCUGCAGUCUCUGUCUGUGGCUGAGUCAAGGCUAAAGCUAGGCGCCAGUGUCCUGCUGCGGGCCCUGGGCACCAAUCCUAACCUGACAUCACUGGAUAUCAGCGGAAAUGCCAUGGGGGAUACAGGCGCCAAGAUGCUGGCCAAGGCACUACGAAUCAACACAAGGCUCCGGUCUGUGAUAUGGGACCGGAACCAAACAUCUGCUCUGGGCUUGCUGGAUGUGGCCCAGGCCCUGGAGCAGAACCACAGCCUGAAGAACAUGCCUCUGCCACUGAAUGAUGUGGCUCAGGCACAGCGUAGCCGCCCGGAACUAACUGCCCGUGCAGUCCACCAGAUCCAAACCUGUCUCUUGAGGAACAACCGGGCAAAUCCUGUCUCUUCUGACCAUGCAUCCUGCCUUCAGCCACUGGGUCUGGUCUCAGAUCGCUCAGAACAGGAAGUGAACGAACUGUGUCAGUCGGUGCAGGAGCACAUGGAGCUGUUGGGCUGUGGGGCUGGGCCCCAGGGUGAAGCUGCUGUGCACCAAGCUGAGGAUGCCAUCCAAAACGCCAACUUCUCUCUCAGCAUACUCCCCAUUUUGGAUGAAGCUGGGAAUUCCCCAAGCCAUCACUGGCAACUGCAGCAGAAGCUAGAGAGCCUCUUGGGACAGGUGGGCAAACUCUGCCACCAGGACAUCCAGGACUUCACUCAGGCCACACUGGACACAACAAGGAGCCUCUGCCCACAAAUGCUGCAGGGACCUGGCUGGAGGGAGCAGUUAGAAGGGGUCCUUGUAGGCUCAAAGAGCCUCCCAGAACUGCUUCCAGAACAGCUGCUGCAAGAUAUCUUCACUAGGCUCAGGGAUAUGCGGCUAUCAGUCACCAGGACCCUGGCAGAGAGCAUUGUGACUCAGGCUCUGGCCGGUCUAAGUGCAGCCCGGGAUCGGCUGGUAGAGAAUCUUGCUGAGCAGGCACCAGUAGCAAUGCCCCCUGCCCUACCAGCACUGGAUGGAGGUGAGUCCUGCUCCCUCAGACCUGGGGAAUUGGAAUGUCUUUUCUUCCCUGAGGAAGAGAAGGAAGUGGAAGAGGAGGAGGAGGAGAAGGAUGACUGUCCAUCACGAAAAUGGCUUGAGCCCAGUCACUGUUUUCACCUGGUUCCCCCUAGACACCGUGCUGCUGAGGAAGCAGAGCGGGAGCCCGAGCUGGCAGCUCCUGGGGAAGAUGCGGAGCCGCAGGCGGGGCCGUCCGCGCGCGGCUCUCCAAGCCCUGCCGCCCCCGGACCCCCAGCCGGCCCGCUGCCUCGCAUGGACCUGCCACCCGCUGGACAACCCCUGCGCCAUCCGACUCGGGCCCGGCCACGGCCACGCCGCCAGCACCACCAUCGCCCCCCGCCGGGGGGCCCCCAGGUGCCUCCAGCCCUACCACAGGAAGGGAAUGGGCUCAGUGCCCGCGUGGAUGAGGGUGUGGAGGAAUUCUUCUCCAAAAGGCUGAUCCAGCAGGAUCGUCUCUGGGCCCCCGAGGAGGACCUGGCCACUGAGGGGGGUCCCACUCCUGUCCCCCGUACACUUCGAAAGAAGCUGGGCACUCUCUUUGCCUUUAAGAAGCCUCGUUCAACACGGGGUCCCCGGCCUGAUCUAGAGACCAGUCCUGGGGCAGCAGCCCGUACCCGGAAAGCCACACUUGGAGAUUUGCUGCGGACACCAGCGCGGCCUGGGCGUGGUGAAGAUCCUGGUGGGGUUGAGGGAGGCACCAGCAGCCCUGACACUGCCCGCAGGAGCCGGCCUCGCUACACACGGGAGAGCAAGGCCUACUCGAUGAUACUGCUGCCUGCUGAGGAGGAGGAGGCAACACUGGGUGCCAGACCUGAUAAGCGGCGGCCUUUGGAGCGGGGAGACACAGAAUUGGCCCCAUCCUUUGAACAGCGGGUACAAGUGAUGCUGCAGAGGAUCGGCGUAAGCCGAGGCAGUGGGGUUGCCGAAGGCAAGAGGAAGCAAAGCAAAGAUGGUGAGAUCAAGAAAGCUGGCUCAGAUGGUGACAUUAUGGACAGUUCCACGGAGACCCCUCCCAUCUCGAUGAAGUCACGCACCCACUCUGUCUCUGCUGACCCCUCAUGCAGACCUGGCCCAGGGGACCAGGGGCCUGAGUCUGCCACCUGGAAGACACUGGGACAGCAGUUGAAUGCAGAGCUCAGAGGACGAGGUUGGGGCCAACAGGAUGGUCCAGGACCUCCCUCCCCUUGUCCCAGCCCAAGCCCCUGCAGAGCCAGCCCCUCCCCAGACAGCUUGGGCCUCCCAGAGGACUCUUGCUUGGGCCCCAGGAAUGAAGAUGGCCAGCUGAGGCCGCGGCCUCUCUCGGCAGGGCGACGAGCAGUGUCUGUGCAUGAGGACCAGCUCCAGGCCCCUGCUGAACGGCCUCUGAGGCUUCAGCGCUCCCCUGUCCUCAAGCGCAGGCCAAAGCUCGAGGCACCCCCAUCCCCAAGCCUAGGAUCUGGCCUUGGACCCGAGCCUCUGCUCCCACAGCCCACAGAGCCCUCUAGCCCCAAGAGGAGCCCACCCUCCCCAGCCACAGACCAAAGAGGCGGCGGCCCCAACCCCUGAUCCUCUC